AUGAAUAUUGACAAUUAUGAACCAUUUUAAAUAGUAAAGAGAAAUCCUAUACUUUAUGAUGUCUAUUUGAUAGGUUUAGAUCGAGAAUUAACAUUAUAUCCAUAAUUUUUGGAUUUUUGUGUUUUUCAUCCAUAUAUAAAUUAAUAAUGCUAUCCAACAUAACAUUAACAUUUAGGAAAAUUACCAUAUUUAAAUUGUAAACCAAAUUAUUAUCCAGCUUAAUAAAAUGAUGCUACAACUUGUUUAUUACUCCCAGAAAAUUGUUAAUCUGAUGAUAGUAUGGGAAAUUGUUUAAUCUGCAUUCCAGGAAAGUAUUGGGUUUGGUUUUACUGUUUUGAUUGUCCAUCCUAAUGCAUAACUUGUGAUAAUGAUGGAAAUGAUGAACCUAUAUGCAUUUCUUGUGUUAAAUCAUAUAGUUUUUUAGAUGGCCAAUGUUACCCAUGUGGAUAAUUUUGUGAAACUUGUGAAUUUAUUUAUGAUGAAAAUAGAGAAUAGUAUUAUUAAAAAUGCUUCAAAUGUGUAGAGGAUUCUAAAUAUUUUAUUUCUUUAGAUGGACAAAAUUGUUAAUUAAAUUAAAUUACAAAUUGUCUCUAUGCAUUCCAAGUUUUAUAAUCUGAUUAUACUACAAAUACCCUAGAUUUCAAAUUUUAACCUAAUUUUGAUGAAUAAUAAAUAUUAACUCUAUGUGCUAUGUGUGAUUAGUCUUAUGUUUUUGUAUUUGAAACUAAUACAUGUAUUCCAAAUACUAUUAAUUCUAUUUGCCUAAUUGCAAUAGGCAAUCUAAAUCCAAAUGAUUAAUCCUUAGAAUCAAUUAACUGUUUAAGUUCAUAUAAGUAUGAAAAUGAAGUUGUUUAAUUUCAAGAAAAUUGUUCUAAUUUUAAUGCAAAUUGUAAAAUCUGUUUAUAAACGGAUAUACAUAAUUAUUUCUUAUGUAUAGAAUGUUAAAUUGGUUACUAUCUUGAAAAAACAUCAGGUUAAUGCAAAUUAUGUCCAACAGAACUCAAAUGCAGAUCAUGUUACUAAUAGCAUUCAAUUUUAAAAGAUUAAUGGAAAAAUUCUAUAAGACCUUUUUAUAGAAAAUAUAUAGAAGUAAUCAAUUCACAUCAAUAUACUAUAUUUGGUUAAAGUCAAAAUAUAAAUGAUUAUGAAACUUUAUGUGAAAGUUGUGUAGAAGGUUAUAGAUUACAUUUAAACUAAUGCAUUCCAUAUUGCUCAAAGACUUGUUUAUAAUGUUUGUUACAUAAUGAUUAGUAUAUUUGUGUUAAAUGUUAAUCUGAAUAAAGAGGUAGAAGGUAAACUAUCAUAAAUAAUGAAUGUAUUGAUUGUCCUGAAAAUUGUGCUUUUUGUAGAGUUCGAACGAAUGAGGAAAUUCAUUAAAUUAAUCCUCUUUUUAACAAUUAAAAUUAUUAGAAAUAUACUUAUUAAUGUUUAAAAAGUUAUUAAGAUCAAUAAUAUUAUUAUGAUGAAGAUUUAGGUUUAUACAUUUAAUGUGUAUAAUCUAAUCAAAAAAAUGGUUGUUAAAAACAAUUAACAAUUGAGUUAAAUUUAUACGUUAAUUAAUUUUAAUAUUAUAAUGAUCUAUGGAAUUUGAACGAUCAAGAUUAAGUUAGAUUUAAAAAAAAUAAUAUAUUAUUUUCAAAUAUUGUUUCACCAGAAGGCAGCUUUAAAGAAGUUAAAUUAUUAAUUUAUUUUAGUUCGAGAACGAAGAGUUUUACACAUUAGCAAAUUCAAAAUUUAUUAAAUCUCUAUUGAUUAAAAUAACAUAUCAAAAAGCUUCCACAAAUUAUCCUUUCCAUACUGGUGGAUAAAUUAAAUAAAUUUUUUCUGAAAAUAUAUUUUCUCUUACGUAUUUUUAUUCUAUUAUAUUUAUUUAGGAUGGUUGAAUUUGAACUUAUAUUUUUGAACUAGGUACCCAUUAAACUUUAAACAAAUUUAGAGCUAAUUAAUUUUAGCAAAAUAACUUUCAAAAAUAUAAUUGUAGAAGGUGAUAAGUAAAAUUAGUUUGUAUUGGGAUUUUUAUUUAAAAGUCUAUUCCCUCAAAUUAUAAUUCUGGAUUAAAUUUAUAUUAAAUAUAGUGAAGCUCAAGAAUAACGAGAUAUUAACUUUUAAAUUACUUUAGAAAAUAUUAAACUUUUUUAAUUUAGUAAUAUAUUAAUUGAAAAUGUUAAAUUGGAUUUUACACGAUACUUUUUAAAAGUUGAAGAGACACCCUUCCCAAAAUCUUUAAUUUUUACUAAUAUAAAUCUAAAGAAUUGUGACAUUUAAAAUAUGAUUUUCUUUUAUUUAAGUCUGAAUUAAUAAGAUUAGGUUGAGUUUGAUGCUAUUGAGAUUAAUUCCAAUUUUACGAAUUCUACAUUUAUAAAAGAAAGUUAAAAUAAUGAAUUAGGUGUUGUUAAUAUGAAAAAUGUCGCUUUUAUAGGAAAAAUAUUUGACUCUGAAUCCUUCUUCAGUUUUCAAAAGAUAGCUUUUUUAAGUAUAUAUAAAUUUUCAAUUAUUUCUUCUCUUAUUAAAAAUUCCACUUUAAUUUUAUUAAAUAGAUAUAGCAAAUUGGAAGAUAUAAUAUUUUAAGAAAGCUAAAUUUUAAAUGAAUCAUUUAUGAUUGUAAAUAGUGAAUUUCUAAGUGAUUUUCCUAUUUAACAUAACUUUUCUUAUAUAUCUUUUCAAGAUAAUUAAUAUGACAGUCGAAUAAAAUUUAUAUAUUUAAAAAAGCAUUAAAGUUCAACCCAAACAAUUACAAUUAAUUAUUUAAAUUUGAUUAACAACUAUUUCUUAAAGGAUUUCUUAAAUUAUAACAAAAAAUAAAUAGAUUUUUCUUUAAUAACUAUCCAAUAUGAUUUAGUGGAUAUUAUUAAUUUCAUUAUUUAAAGAGGGUAUGGUUUAAAUGAGAUUUCACUUUAUGACAGUUAGAGGAUAAUAAUAGAAAAUGGAAUAAUAUAGUAAGAAAAAUUUAGAUUCUUUGGUUUGCAUCAAUAUUUAAAUUGUUAAUUAAAAUAGGUAAAUCAUUAAUAUUAUCCAACUUCAAUCAAAAUUUUUUCAUCUAAAAUUACAGAUAUAAAAAAUUUAACUUUUUCUAAAGUUCUAUCUUAUAAUUUUCCAAUAAUUUCUAUAGUUUCUGCUGAUUUAAAUCUCUUAAACUAGACUGAAUUUAUUAUAUUGAAAAAUUUAACCUUUAACUCAAAUUUAAUAUUAAAAACUGAAAUACUAUUUGAAACAGCUCUAAUUUCAAUUUAAUCAUAUUAGCAAGUGUAAAUUUAAUGUGAAAAUAUAAAAUUUAGCAAUAACAUUUUACACGCUUAUAUCCAAAAUGAUCAUAUCAAAUCUGCUGGUUUAUUUCUUAUAUAAUGUCCAAAUAGUGAAAUUUAUUUGAUGAAAUAAUUAUUUGAAAACAAUUUAGUGAUUAAUAGCACUUCAAAUAUUAUUUAUAUUGAGUCUAAAACAGCUUAAAUAAAUGAUUCUUUGUUUAUAAAUAAUGGUUUAUUUAACUAUGAAAUUAUAUAACCUCAUAUAUUAUGGGGUUUUACUGAAAAAGUAACCAUAAAACUUAUCUAAUCUAUAUUUUAGAUAAAAUCUUAAUCAGGUGUUGGGUAAAUUUCAGCUGAUUAGAUUCUAAUAUACAAUAAUACAUUCUAAAAUUCAGUAGGAUAUAUAUGUGGUUGUUUUAUGCUAUUUUCUUAAGGAGAAUCAUCUAUUAUUAUAGCUAAUAAUAUUUAUAAGCAAAUUACAACAUAAUUUUAGUCAGAAACAGAAUAAGGAGCUGGAAUUUAUAUUGAUGGUUCAUCAUCUACAACUUUGUAUAUAGAGAUUAGGAAUAUAAUUGCUUAAAAAAUAUUUUGUCGACAAAUAGGAGGUUUUCUAUAUUUGAAAUCAUAAACAUCCUAGACAAAUUUGAUAAUUUCACAAUUAACUCUAAAGGAUGUCUUUGCUCAAUAAGGAUCUGCUUUUUAUAUUUCUUAUUCGUAAUUUUUAGAAAAACCUUAAAUUCUAUAAGUCUCAAAUCUCUAGGUAAUUAAUUCCUAUGAUGGUUAUAUUUAAUUUUUAAAUAAAUUUAAUGAAUUUUAUAAGCAAUAAGAAAAAUAUAAUCUAAUUAAUAAUAGAACUUUAAUCUACUUAGAAUAUGGAUCUUUAAUAUAAAUUUAGGAUAUUAAAGUUUAUUUUUUAACUUUAGAAUCCUUUCUUAUUUUAUCCUAAGUAAGAGAAGUAUCUUUAUCAAAUAUCUAUAUUGAAGAUUCACAUAUCAAUAAUAAUUUGAUUACAAUAACUCCAUUUAAAAGUAAUUAACUAGAAUUAAUUAUGUAAAAUUUUCACAUAGUUUAAAUCUAUAUGGGAUUUCAUUUCUCUAAUUUUACUUGUACAACUAAAACUCUUUAAGAAAACAAUUAAAUAUACUAAUGUUUAAAUCAUUCAGUAGGAGCUCCAUCACUUUAAAUAGAAGAUCAAAAUUAGGAACAAUACGAAAAUGCAUUUUGUGUGUAUUUAGAAAUAGACAAAUAUGUAUAGAUAUUUUUAUUUUUUUAUUCUAGAGAAUUGUCUAAUUCGGGAUUAAUAAUGCUUAAUGAUCUUACUAACAAAGAUAAAAUUUCUAUUAUGUAUAUAUCAAUAGCUGAUAUUGAUUGCAAAAUAUGUAAAAAUGGCUUAAUUAAUUUUUAAAUUAGUGAAAAUUUCGUUCAGCAAUAAUUAAUUGAUUCGCUUUAUGUACUUAAUUCAAAUUGUGGAGAAAAAGGUUGUUUAAAUAUUGAGAAAAUGGGUUCAAGCAAUAAUAGAAUUCUGAGCACAUCAGAACUAUAUUCAAAAAAUUAUGAAUUUAUAAUAAGGCGAUAUGUAUGUGAAAAUAAUUCUGGAAAUUAAGGAACUUGUAUUAGAAUAAAUUCUGCAAUUAUUCUUUUAUAAUAUUGCUUUUUCAAGAAUAAUACAGCACUUUUGGAAGGAGGUAGCAUAUAUGUGGAAGGAAAAAAGAAUUUGAUGAUUGAAGAUAGUGUAAUUUAAAUGAAUAAAGCAUCAAUUGGAGGAGGAUUGUAUUUUCAAGAUUAAAUAGCAAUGAAUUAUGAAAAAACAAAAACUAAAAUACUUAAAAAUACUGCAGAAAAUUAUGGUAAUGAUGCCACAUCAAUUCCUUCAAAACUUACUAUAAAGGUGAAAUAAAUUACUUUACCUUUAAAAACAAAAACUUUAUUUUAAAAUUCUUAAUAGAAAAUAGAUAUGAUUGAUAUCGAGCCAUAUAUUGGAACAAAUGGAAAAUCAAUUAAUUGCAUCAUGUUUCCUACAGGGUAAAAAUUAUCAACUUAUAUGUUGUUUGAUUGGAAAAAUAAAAUAUUUUGGGAUCCUCAAUUGACAUUUCAAAUCAUUGCUUUAGAUGAGGGAAAAAAUUAAAUUAAAAAUCUUAAAAAUACUUAUUGUACAAUUUAAAGUAGAAGUUUCAAUUUAUCUUAAAAUGAUAAUUAAGAGUUUACAAAUAAUCAUACUAAUGUUUAAUUUAUUGAUUUCAAUAUAAAAUCCUAAAACUACUUAACUGAUGAUUUAAUUAUUUAUUUUGAUAACUAAGUACCUGAAGAGAUUGUAUUAUAAUUAUAGUUUCAAUGCAAUUCUAUCAAAGUUCCUAUUUAUAAUGAUAAAUACCCUUAUGAAAUUAUUGAUUAUCAUUAAAAUUAUUCCUUAAGAAUUAACAUAAAGACUUUUUUAUGUUAAUUUGGUGAAAUCAAAAAUUCAAAAACAUAAUCUUGUGAAAUUUGUGAUUCAAAUCAAGGUUAAUAUUCAUUAAAUUUAAAUUCUGAAAAAUGUGACAUUAAAGAUGAUUUAACUACAUUAAACGUUUUUUAAAAUUAAUUAAUUUUAAGAACAGGAUUUUGGAGACCAUAUUUCGAUACAAAUGAAGUAAGCUAUUGUCUUAAUUUACAACUAAAUUGUUUAGGAGGAAUAGAAGUUGGUGAUAGUUCUUGUUAUAAGGGACAUAUAGGAUCCCUUUGCGAGUAAUGUGAUUUAUAUGAUACACAGGGAUGGGGAUAAUUUUCAAUAGUUAAAAAGUUUUCAUGUGGACCUUGUGUUGAAAAUUAAAGAAAUGUCUUUCUUAUCAUAGGAAUCAUUAUUUUAACCUUAUUAUUUCUCUUGAUUUCAGUAUAAGGAAAUAUUAAAACAGUAGAGAAUUGUACAAAAUUUUAACCCUUCAAAAUUUUGUAAACCUCAGCCACUUUGAAUAAAAGUUAAUCAGGAGUAUUGAUUAAAAUGCUUACUAAUUAUUUUCAAAUUAUUGUAUCCAUAACUACUUUUUAGUUGCAAUUCUCUGAUGGUUUAAAUAAUACAUUAGAAAUUGUUGGAAAUCCUCUACAAACAACCACUUAUUCUUUAGAUUGCUUUUUAGCAAAUACCUUUUAAAUUGAUAUCUAGUACAUGAGAAUGAUAUGGCAAAUAAUUUUACCUAUAUUUUACAUUUAAGCUUUUUUAGGCUUGUAUCUAUUGGCAAGCUAAAUAAAAUUUCUUAAAUUUAAUUAAAGUGUUACUCCAACAACCUUAAUUUAUCUCUACAUAUAUUUUUAACCUAAUUUAGUUUAAGGAUUAAUAGAAUUAGUUUCUUUUAGAAAAAUUUCUGGUUUUUAAUGGAUUUAAGCAAACGUUUCAUAACGAUAUGAUACGCCUACUCAUACAAAAUGGGUAUUUUAAUUUUGUCUACCUUUCAUAUUAUUAAUUACAAUUUUAAUUCCUUUCUACUUAAUUUUUGGACUAUUCAAAAACAGAGAAAACCUUGAGAAAAAAGAGGUAAGGUUAUAUUGGGGUUUCUUAUAUAAUGAAUAUAAAAAAAAAGCAUAUUUUUGGGAACUAAUUAAAAUUUUUGAAAAAGAAUUAAUAAUUCUAUUUCUUGUUUACUAUUAAAAUAAUGUUGUAUUGAAAGGAGUUCUUGUGUUACUUAUAACUUAUGUAUAUUAAGAACUUAAUUCUCAUUUUAAACCAUUUUCAAUAAAUAACUUAAACAAUUUAGAUUAUUAUUCAGCUAAUAUUAGUAUGAUUACUAUUGGAUUAGCAAUAGGAAUUUAUAUAACUUAACAAUCAAGUGUAUAGGAACUUAAUUAUCCUUUUUUUAUUACAAUGGCAUUUUUUAACUUUUUAUUUCUCAAUCAGAUUAUAACUAAGAUUAUAAUGGAAUAUUAAAAAGAACAUGAGGAAAUGUUAGAUAAAUUUAAAGAAUAUAUCACAAAAAGUUUUCCAUAAACUUAAAAAUUUUUAUGUUUGAAAAAAAUUUUGAAAAACAAGAUGGAACAAAGAAAAAAAGUUAUUUUAGCAUUUUAAAAAAUUAAAUAAAUUUGCAUACCUUUGGCAAGAAAUUAGAUUAAAAUGAGAUCGACCUACCUCAUAUAAGGUGGUAGUAAAAAUAGAAUUUAAAAUAGAGCUGAAUAAGUAUUUAUCUACAAACCAGAUAUUGUGAUUUCUGAGGAUCCUUAAUUAAGUAUGCAACGUUUAAAUAGUAAUCCUGGUAAAUAUCCAUCUAUGUGA